AUGGCUGCUUUUGUCAAGGCGAUCAAUGCUAAGAUUCGGGCUCACCCGGUGCUGGAUUAUGUUUGCUCUACGCACUUCUGGGGCCCCGUCUCCAACUUUGGCAUCCCCCUUGCUGCGGUGAUGGAUACGCAGAAGAGCCCUGAACUGAUCUCGGGCCCCAUGACGGGCGCUCUCUGCGUUUAUUCCGCGACGUUUAUGCGCUUCUCCCUCGCUGUCACCCCCGCAAAUUACCUCUUGUUUGCGUGCCAUGCUGUCAAUGAGGCUGCGCAGUUGACGCAGGGGUAUAGGUAUUUGCAGUGGCACAAGUGGGGGGGAAAGGAGGAGGCUUUGAAGAAGGGGGCGCUGGAGGGGAAGCCGGUUGAGGCUGCUGCUGCUACGCCUGCUGCCCGGUAG